CCAGCUCGAACGCUGGUGCGUGUCGCGUGCUGGUGCAGUCGUGACGCUUGACUGUGCGCGUGUGCGCUUGUGUCAAUAGAGCAGUUCGCGGUGUGGCAGCGAGCGGUCGGUAGAGGCAGUGUGCGGAGGCUGUGCUGCCGUGGUCGGCGGCUUCCAUUGAUCUGUGGGUCACGGGUCAGCCGACGGCGCGGGGCGAACUGACGCUGCGCUCCCAGUGUUGUUUUCGGAUACAUCAGUGACGUUGAAGUUCGCCGCCACUUACUGAACGUUUUCGUGGAAUGUGUCGCCAAGGGAAUAUGAACCAUCAGAUCCGGACCAUGUGCUGCGCCUGCCCCGCGCCAGCCCCUCGUCCAUGGCGAGCGCCAGACGCCUGCAGCCGCUGCCGCGCCUCUCGCGCGUGCGCUCCCUCUCGGCGCCGCUGACUUACUCGGACCCGGCGCACCUGGCCGACUGGGACUGGAACGGCUGGGACGAGCGGCCCGUCGCUGACGGCUCCGUGCCUCCCACCGCCUUCUCGUUUCGGCAGCGCGCCGCCGAAAAGCAGCGCAAGCGCUCGUCGGCGUUGGACGCGACCGCCGCGCAGAGUCUGGGCGGCCAGCGCGUGGCCGGCGCACGAUCCUCACCGCUCGUGCCGCGGCCGGCGCGACCCGAGCCUGACUACGACGACUUCCGGCGCCAGCUGAGCAGCGACCGCGAGGACGACUACGCCUACGCGUACGACUGUAUCGUGUCGCCGGCCGAGGUGAUCCUGUCCGAAAUGGACGGCGAGCUGCCGGGCGACGGCUACGCCUACGGCGGCCGCGAGAACAUCUACGAGGAGCUGGACGGGGUGGCGCGGCAGGCGGCCGAGCCACCGUCGCCCGGGCCGCGCUACUCGGACCCCGUGCACUCGGAGGUGGAGCGCGUGCAGCGCGUGCACAGCCAGGUGCUGGGAGAGCUGCGUCUGGACAUGGAGGCCAUGCUGAUGCCCAGCCAGCGGUGGCGGCACCUGCACGUGCCGGUGGGCCCCACGGACGAACUGCUCAGCCCGGACUCGGGCUUCCAGUCGGGCUCCGGCUCAGGCUCGACGGUCGUCUCCAACUACGACACGCCCAACGGGCCGCGCACGGUGGUGGUGCGUCCGCCGCACGCGCCCAGAAUGCGCAAGUGCGAGUCGCUCGACCUGAAGGACGCUCUGGCACGGCACAAGGCCAAGGCGGCGUCCAGCGCCGGCGGCGAGAAAAGACUCUGGAAACUGACCUCUGUGAUAAGUGGACUGUUGGGUAAGUACCACCAGAGCCGGAGCAAGCGACGACGUCCCGUGAGCCCGCUGUGACGUGCGCUCGGCUGCACCGCCUGCACGCGCCUGCACGUGCCUGCGCGUAUCGCACGCCUGGCACUGCCGCGUGCACCGCCUCUGGUCCGCAAACGACACCGACAAACAUGCUCUCUUGCCGCCCCAGACAUCGCGUUUCCGUCGAUCGUUGUGAAGAGUUAUCGCCGUUUUUGUCCGAGUGAAAGGGGUAUCGUCGUGGGGCGGCCCGUCCAGGGGUGGGAACUGGUCGCAUUCUCGUGGCGCCUUCGAGCGCGGCGGUUGGCGAGUGGGCCGUUCCCUGUUGGGAAUGGCGCCGUCUCCUCGUUUGUUUUACUCAUUAGUCCUAGUCACGUCCCUGCUCAAGCCCCACCCUGCUGACGUCAGUCGUCACGUGACCCGGUGUGACCAUGAGCGUUGCCUUCUGUGGUGUGUGCUCGGUAGAACCGGAAUGACUCUCUUUCUGUCUCCGUGUGUUGUUGGUUCUCAAUACAGUAUUAUCUCUCA